AUGGCUGCAGCUGCGCCCGGCUCUAUGGCGCUGUCCUUGGGGGAAGUUGGGGGCGUUCUGCACGGCAUGGACGGACUCCCGCAGGUGGGGUCUCAUUACUACUUGCCCGCGCUCCAAGGGGACGGACCCGCGCUGUUUGGGGACCACCUGGGGCCCGGGGACAGGCUCUAUCAGCGGAGCAGCACGGAUCUCACGCACCUCAAAGGGAUCCUGAGGAGAAGGCAGCUCUACUGUAGAACGGGGUUCCACCUGGAGAUACUUCCUGAUGGGACUGUGCAGGGGACCAGGAAAGAUCAUAGCAGAUUUGGGAUCCUGGAGUUCAUCAGCCUGGCAGUGGGGCUGAUCAGCAUAAAGGGGGUGGACAGCGGCCUGUACCUGGGCAUGAACGACAAGGGAGAGCUUUAUGGAUCAGAGAAGCUCUCGGCCGAAUGUAUUUUCCGGGAGCAGUUUGAGGAGAACUGGUACAACACUUACUCCUCCAACUUGUACAAAAACGGAGACAGAGGGACACGUUACUUUGUGGCACUGAACAAAGACGGGACGCCACGAGAUGGGACCAAAUCUCGGAGACACCAAAAAUUCACACACUUUUUACCCAGACCCGUGGAUCCGGACCGCGUUCCUGAGCUGUACAAGGAUAUCUUGGGACAUAGCUGA